CCAGACGAGUCAUCAGGAUAUGUAUUUUCAAAAUAUUCAAUGGCUGAUCAGAGAAUGGACAUUUCUUCUACAAUUAGUGAUUUUAUGUCACCAGGUCCCACUGACCUCAUCUCCAGCUCCCUUAGUGCUACUGGAAUGGAUUGUAAUCGAAAAAGGAAGGGCAGUUCAACUGAUUAUCAACUUGAUGGCUUUUCUUUUGAGGAAGAAGAAAAUCCAGAGAUUAGUACGUUCUCUAAAGAAAAUGGUAUUUCUUGUGAAGAAUUAUGGGUAGAAUUAAGGAGAGAAAGUAUGGAUACAGACAAAGAUGACCAGCAUGGAAGAUUGGAAUAUCCAGACCAGCAAGGCAGAAUCAGAAAUGCCAGGGAAGCUCACAGUCAAAUUGAAAAAAGGCGCCGAGACAAAAUGAACAGUUUUAUUGAUGAGCUGGCUUCUUUGGUACCAACAUGUAAUGCAAUGUCCAGAAAGUUGGAUAAACUCACUGUAUUAAGGAUGGCUGUUCAACAUAUGAAAACAUUAAGAGGUGCCACCAACCCAUAUACAGAAGCAAACUACAAACCUACUUUUCUGUCAGAUGAUGAGCUAAAACAUCUCAUUCUCAGGGCAGCAGAUGGAUUUCUCUUUGUCGUCGGAUGUGACAGAGGAAAGAUACUAUUUGUUUCAGAAUCCGUCUUUAAAAUCCUCAACUAUAGCCAGAAUGAUCUAAUUGGUCAGAGUUUAUUUGACUACCUACAUCCUAAAGAUAUUGCCAAAGUUAAGGAACAACUGUCUUCUUCAGAUACUGCUCCAAGAGAAAGAUUAAUAGAUGCAAAAACUGGACUUCCAGUUAAAACAGAUAUAACCCCCGGGCCAUCAAGACUAUGUUCUGGAGCCAGACGGUCAUUCUUCUGUAGGAUGAAAUGUAAUAGGCCUUCAGUUAAAGUUGAAGAGAAAGAUUUCCCCUCAACUUGUUCAAAGAAAAAAGCAGACCGAAAAAGCUUCUGUACCAUCCACAGCACAGGAUAUUUAAAAAGCUGGCCACCCACAAAAAUGGGCCUGGAUGAGGACAAUGAACCAGACAACGAAGGCUGUAAUCUCAGCUGCCUCGUAGCAAUUGGACGGCUACAUUCUCAUGUUGUUCCACAGCCAGUGAAUGGGGAAAUCAGGGUGAAGUCUACAGAAUAUGUUUCUCGCCAUGCAAUUGAUGGGAAAUUUGUUUUUGUGGACCAGAGGGCAACAGCAAUUCUGGCGUAUUUACCCCAAGAACUUCUAGGCACUUCAUGUUAUGAAUACUUUCACCAAGACGACAUAGGACACCUUGCAGAAUGUCACAGGCAAGUUUUACAGACGAGAGAAAAAAUUACCACCAACUGCUAUAAAUUUAAAAUCAAAGAUGGAUCUUUCAUCACAUUGAGGAGUCGCUGGUUCAGUUUCAUGAACCCUUGGACAAAGGAGGUGGAAUACAUCGUCUCAACCAACACCGUCGUUUCAGCCAACGUACUAGAAAGCGGGGACUCAACUUUCCCACAGCUCACAGCUUCCCCCCACAGCAUGGAUAGCAUACUGCCCCCUGGAGAAGGUGGACAGAAGAGAAACCAUCCUACUGUUCCUGGAAUUCCAGGUGGAACAAGAGCUGGUGCAGGGAAAAUCGGUCGAAUGAUUGCAGAAGAGAUCAUGGAGAUACAUAGGAUUCGGGGGUCGUCCCCAUCCAGCUGCGGCUCCAGCCCACUGAACAUCACGAGCACGCCUCCCCCAGACGCCGCUUCCCCAGGAGGCAAGAAGAUUUUAAAUGGAGGAACUCCAGACAUUCCUUCUGCUGGCCUCCUACCAGGGCAGAUCCAAGACAACCCUGGCUAUCCAUAUUCUGACAGUUCCUCUAUUCUUGGUGAGAACCCCCACGUUGGUAUAGACAUGAUCGAUAACGACCAAGGUUCCAGCAGCCCCAGCAAUGACGAAGCAGCCAUGGCAGUCAUCAUGAGCCUCUUGGAAGCAGAUGCCGGGCUUGGCGGCCCCGUGGACUUCAGUGACUUACCUUGGCCACUUUAAAUGUUACUGUACAAGUCGUUUCCGCAACGUCUGCAGUAUCAAAGUGCAUUAUGGGUGGAGUUUGACUGUCUGUGAAGCUUCUUGGAUAAAGAGAUAAUAGCUUUUAUGUACAAACUUCAUAAAAGCCAUCUCAAAGCCAUUGAUACAAGUCAAUCCUACUAUGUGUAACUUAAGACAAAGUGGAACUAAAACCGCUACAGUGUUUCUGCAUCAUUGAUUAUUGAGCUAGCUGUGAAUAGCUUGCAUUAAUUGUAUAUUUUGGAUUCUGUUCGUGUUGAAUUUUUAAAUCAUUGUGCACAGAAGCAUCCUUGGUAGCUUUUAUAUGCAAACAGUCAUUUCAGAUGUAUGGUGUUUUUACACUACAAAGAGGUCCCCCAUGUGGACAUUUCUUAUACUAAUUGUAUCAUAAAGCCGUUUAUUCUUUCUUGUAAGAAUCCUUUACUAUAAAUAUGGGUUAAAGUGUAAUGUAUUAGACAGUUAAAUAUUUUUAAA